AUGGGCGGCGAACGGAGUGCCACGCCGAAGCUGGCUUCGAGCUAUCCGAUCCACGCUCCUGCCCCGGUGGGCAAGCGCAUCACCAGGAUCUACAAGGAGCGCAUCAACCAGUUCUACUCCCACGGACAAUGGGAGAAGCAGAAUCUCCUCGCCAUGAUGAACGAGGGCGUCGCCAGUGGAGAGUCGCACGUCAAACUCUCGACCUGGGCCGCGCCUGGCUUGACCCGCCCGCCUUUCAAGGACGCCGUCAAGGGCGAGUAUAGGCCGACUCGUGUUGGCGACGUCUUUGGCCCUUCCUGGGCGACGCAUUGGUUCAAGCUGGUCUUGAAAGUGCCCAGCGAACUCCGCGACAAGGAGCAUCUCGAGCUGCACUGGGAUGCCAACAACGAAGGCCUCGUCUGGUCGGAGGAAGGACAUCCCCUACAGGGUCUCACUGGUGGGGGCGAGCGUACCGAAUGGAUCUUGCCUUCUUCAUUCCGCGAUGGCAAGGAGCACACCAUAUACAUUGAGAUGGCUUGCAAUAGUAUGUUUGGUAACCCAGCAGGUGGAGACACAAUCCAGCCACCGGACCCCAAUCGCUACUUUCAGCUCGGCAAGGCUGAAAUCGUUGCUGUCAACCUCGACGCUCGGCAGCUGUGGAUCGAUACCUGGAUUAUCGGUGAUGCCGCGAGGGAGUUUCCCGAGGACUCGUGGGAGCAGCACAAGGCGCUGAACGUCGCCACCAACAUCAUCGACAGCUAUGUCCUCGGCGACAAGGAGUCUUUGAAGAAAUGCCGCAAGAUCGCAGAAGAGUACAUUGGAUCGAAUGUGAAUUCGUCCAAAGUGUACGAGACCGGCACGACCGCGCAGGUCUUCGGCAUUGGGCACUGCCACAUUGAUACCUGCUGGUUGUGGCCCUGGGCUGAAACAAAGCGCAAGGUUGCCAGAUCGUGGUCGAGCCAAUGUGACCUGAUGGACCGCUACCCGGAGCUCAAGUUCGCUUGCUCCCAAGCUCAGCAGUACAAAUGGCUCAAGGAGUACUACCCGUACGCGUUCGACAGAGUCAAGACAAAGGUCAAGGAAGGACGGUUCAACCCAAUCGGCGGCAGCUGGGUUGAACAUGACACCAACAUGCCUAGCGGAGAAUCCCUUGUUCGCCAAUUCUUGUACGGACAGCGGUUCUUCGAGAGCAACUUUGGCGAGCGCUGCAACACUUUCUGGCUACCCGACACCUUUGGAUAUUCGAGUCAGCUGCCUCAGCUCUGCCGGCAAGCUGGGAUGAAGCGCUUCCUCACCCAAAAGCUCAGCUGGAACAACAUCAAUAACUUCCCACACACGACGUUCAACUGGGUGUCUCUCGACGGCAGCCAGGUUAUUUGCCAUAUGCCACCCUCAGAGACGUAUACAGCGGAAGCCCAUUUUGGCGAUGUCAAUCGCAGCAUCAGCCAGCACAAGUCGAUGGAUCAAGACCACACCUCGUUGCUGGUGUUUGGCAAGGGUGAUGGUGGUGGCGGGCCGACUUGGCAACACAUCGAGAAGCUUCGCCGGUGUCGCGGUAUGAGCGACACGGUGGGCCGCCUUCCCACUGUGCACAUGGGUAACACAGUUGAUGAUUUCUUUGAUGAUCUCGAGAAGAAAGCGGACUCUCUCGUCACGUGGUACGGAGAGUUGUACUUCGAGCUGCACCGAGGCACAUACACUACUCAGGCGAACAACAAGCUCAACAAUCGCAAGACCGAGUUCCUGAUGCGCGACCUGGAGUUGCUCGCGACAAUCGCCUCUAUCAAGCACAAGUCCUACAAGUACCCGAAGAAGGAGUUUGACACCAUGUGGGAGGGCAUCCUUCUCUGCCAGUUCCACGACUGCUUGCCUGGCUCUUCCAUCGAAAUGUGCUACGAUGACUCGAACGAGCUCUAUGACGAAAUUUAUAAGACUGGCCGCAAGAUCUUCAAGGAAUUGUACCAGCUCUUUGGCAUGUCUCCUGACAUGACCGGCGAUGGACAAGCGAUUGCUCUGAACACACUGCCAUGGCACCGGAAGGAGAUCGUGGCCACCUCGCAGAACGAGAUCGGUAUUGCCUGUGGAAGCGGCAGCGUUCUGACCAUCAAGCCCUUCAAGAUUGCCGAGAAGCGUGCUGUUUCCGUCGAAGAAGUUUCCGAUGGCGUGUUUGUCAUGCAGAACGAACAACUUACAGCCACAGUCAAAGAUGGCUGCAUCACGUCUCUUGUAGACCGCAAGGUCGAGCGUGAGCUCAUCAAGGGCGGAAAAGCCAAUCAGCUUGUCAUCUUCGACGACAAGCCUCUGUACUGGCAGGCCUGGGACGUCGAGGUCUACCAUCUCGACACCCGCAAGGAGCUCCCCAUGGGCAAGAGCAGCAUUUUCGAGGACAAAGAGCACCGUGUCAGCGUGGUCACAGAGACUCGCAUCAGUGAGAACAGCACGAUCAAGACGAUACUGAGUCUUGACGCUGCCUUCGACGGUUAUCAAUCGUAUGUGGAGUGCACGGCCUUUGUUGACUGGCAUGAGACGAUGAAGUUCCUCAAAGUCGAGUUCCCUGUUGAUGUUCGCAACACGGAGGCAUCGUACGAAACACAAUAUGGACUCGUCAAGCGCCCCACCCACUACAACACGACCUGGGACAUGGCCAAGUUUGAGGUGUGCUGCCACAAGUUCGCCGAUCUGUCUGAGCGUGGUUACGGAGUGUCUAUUCUGAAUGACAGCAAGUACGGCUUCGCCACAUGCGGAAGCCUAAUGCGUCUGUCCCUUCUCCGCUCUCCCAAGGCCCCUGACGCACAUGCAGACAUGGGCAAGCACACAAUCCGCUGGGCGAUCUUGCCUCACAAGGGCGACCUGGGCGCCACGACUGUCCGGGCUGGAUACAACUUCAACAACCCUAUGAGGGCGGUGUCUGCCUCGGCAUCUUGCGACGUCAAGUCGCUAGCGGAGUUUCCCAUUAAGCUCACUGGCGACGACUCGCUUGUCCUCGACUGUGUCAAGCGUGGAGAGGACGACGAGGAUAUUUCCGGCGAUGCCGACAUCAAGCUGCCGAGGCGCAAGGGCAGAAGCGUCAUUGUGCGCAUCUUUGACAGCCUGGGCGGCCGCAGCACCGGCACUGUAAGCACGAAGUGGGACGUCAAGAAGGUCUACAAGACCAACAUUCUGGAGGAUGACGAGGAGGAGGUGAAGCUGAACAAGGACAACUCAUUUGAUAUCGUGGUGGGGCCGUUCCAGGUCGUCACGUACAGAUUGCAGCUCUGA